AUUUUCCACGCCGAAUUCGUUUCUUCUUCUAAACACUACAACUUUUGCUGGUGUGCAAAUAUUUGUUUGCCGAUAAAGUUAAUUUUAGGUGAAAAUAAUUUAAAAAUUUUAACCACACAACAUUUGAAGGAAAAAUAAUAUUUCUUCGAUUUAUAUCGACAUUAUUCUGAAAAGUACAAAAUCUAACCGGUCAAAUAUGAAAUCAAAGAAAUCUGACUCAACGGCUGCCACAGACGCUGCUGCUGCCGAGUCAUCAGAAGAAGAGGAGUAUGCAGUCGAAAAAAUUUGUGGGCGCCGCGUGCGUAAAGGAAAGGUUGAAUAUUUCCUUAAAUGGAAAGGUUAUCCUGAGGAAGAAAAUACAUGGGAACCUGUAGAAAAUUUGGAUUGCCAAGAUUUAAUACAGCAGUACGAAGCAGAUCGCGCGAAAGAAGAGCCUGCAGCUUCCAGCAAACAAUCAGAAAAAAAGGAAUCAUCCAGUAAAAAGGAAGCCAGUAGCAGUGGUCGCACCAGUGCAGCCGGCAAUAAGCGCAAGUCGGAAGAGAAAACGUCCGCAGGUAGCAAGAAGAAGCGCCGGGACUCAUUAAAAUCAGAAACGGACAAUGAGUCAGUGUCCGAUGUCUCAUCGCGUACCUCAGAACGAACUGGUUUCGAUAGAGGUUUAGAAGCGGAAAAAAUUCUCGGCGCUUCAGAUUCCAGCGGCGGCUUGACGUUCCUUAUUCAAUUUAAGGGUGUCGAUCAAGCUGAAAUGGUACCAGCAGCUAUUGCUAAUGUUAAGAUUCCACAAAUGGUAAUAAAGUUCUACGAAGAACGCCUUUCUUGGUAUUCCGACAAUGAGGAAUAAACUUAAUUGUAUUAGUUGAUGAAUUAACAUCUAUAUAUAAAAAAUUAUUACACACACAAAUAUAAUGUAUAAAUAUACGACUUUUCCUGCAUAUCCUUCUCAUGGUAAUUCGGCAUUGAAAUAGUAACACUGUUAAUUAUAAAUUUAUAUAUGAAUAAGGUUAUUUCUAUGUUUUAAAUGAAGACCAUCGUAUCACAUAAUUUCAA